CAGUCUGGCUGUGUUGCCUAUGCUGGAGUACAGUGGCGUGAUCUUAGCUCACUGCAACCACCACCUCCUGGGCUCAAGCGAUUCUUCUGCCUCAGCCUACCAAGUAGCUGGGAUUAUGGGCGCCCACCACCACACCCAGCUAAUUUUUAUAUUUUUAGUAGAUACGGGGUUUCACCAUGUUGGCCAGGCUGUUCUCGAACUCUUGACCUUAGGUAAUCUGUUGGCCUCAACCUCCCGAAGUGAUGGGAUUACAGGUGUGAGCCACCACACCCAGCCCACCCAUGGUCACUUUGUAGCCUUUUUUUCUGUUUAUUUUUCUUCACAUCACUUGUCACCAUGUGAUAUGUUUUUUUGUUGUUCAUUAUAUCUCCCUAGUGGAAUAAAAACUCUGUGAGAGCAGAGACUUUAUUUAGGAGGUAAGUAAAUACCUUAAUUGUGUCCACCUUGCUCUAAAGGAAUUAAAUAAAUCAUAAUAAGCUUGAACUUUGCAUUUUAAGGAUUUACUAUCUAAGACAAACUAUGGCAAAAUAUAUGUGUAAAAUGAACAUUAAUCCAUAAAAGGAAAUGGACACUGAAGUCUUCUCAUCACAAGGCAAGUCCAGAAAACAAUAAUGAUUUCUGAACAAAUAUAUCCCAGUGAACAAUAUUUUCAAAGUAGAAACCAUAAAUACAGUCUACUUCUUAUACUAAUGACUAUAGUCUGUGCCCCAUUUUUCUGAAAGUGUUCUUAAAUAGGCCGUGGACAGUUAAGUCAUUUAGAAGCCAAAUUAUUAUAAAGUUGUUUAAUAGUCAUGAAAUGGAACCCAAGGAGGUAGACACUAUUUAAAUGCCAUUAAAAAUGGCAUGAAGCUUUUAGCCUGAUGUGUCUACCUUCACUCUAGAGGACCCUGCAACUGAAAGACAGGCCAGGGCAGCCUUCUCCCUGAACUAUGUCGGGUUAGGCUGGGAUCUGCCAACUUCAGCUUCUGAGUUUCCCUUUUCUUGCCUUUGGCUCCUGCGGGCCUGCUCUCCUGGGUAUAAGCAUCGUCUAUGGAUAGGGUACGGCUCAUAUACAUGUCUGCUUAUGAUCUUCAAAUGGAUGAAGAUGCCACCCAGAAUCACAUAACAUGUAUUUAUCACUUUGUAGUAGUUCUUUAUCAUCAUGUAUCUUUUUGGACAAAGGAUUCAAAGUAAAAGGGGUGAAGUUUUAAAAAUAUUUACGUUUUACUAUUAAGAGAUUGAUCUACAGUCUCAGAAAAGUGGGCAGUCUCACUGUCCUAGGGUUACCAUCCACCUCUUUUGUUAUAAUCCACCAAAGAGGUUAAAAUACAAUUGAUUAGGUUUCCUCUAAUCACAUUUCAGCCCCCAUAUCACCUCAGUUGACGUCGGACUGUUCUCACAGUUUUGCAGUUUCCUGAUUUACCAGCACAGGUGGUUAAUUACAUCCACCAUGGGUUUGACAAGCAAGGUUACUAGAAGUAAUCUUAAAUGUCUUCAUUCAAAGCUCUUGGGAAUCCCUACAGCAAUGAAAAUAAGAAGGGCGAAGAGAUUAAUUAGAUUUCUAGAAGAAAGGUGGAGUUUGAGGUGGAACUUAAAAAGAGAGCAUAAUUUCACAGGAAAAAAAAAACGCUUCAGGGGCUGCAGAAACAGCUAAAGCACAUUUGAAGGGCCUGAUGAUCCACGGAGCAGCCCCUGGGAUGGAAGGGGCUGGUGCAACGUGAAGUAAGGCAAACCGAAUCCAUGCUGUGAAGACUUUUAAACGCCAAACUGAGGCGUCGGAACUUUGCUCCGCGGGCAUCGAGGAGCCAUCGAAGGUUCUCAGCAGGUGAGUGGCCUAACUGGAUUGGUCACUGCAGUGAUCCACGUUACAGUUUCUCCGGCGCUCUCUGCCGACCCCAGCCCGCGAUCAAGCCAGCUUCGCAGUAGGUGCCGGCUGAGCGCCCCGGCAACCGAAGCGCCAGGCCAGACCACGCCGCGCCGUCCGUGAUGCUGACCCUGCCCAGGCGGGAGCCGCCGCGCCGCCGCCUGGCGCUGCACCUGGGCCCGGCCCGGCCGCCGAUUGGACGGCUCGGGGCGACCCCGCUGUAUCGCGAGACGAGAUUGGCAGCGGCGGGGCCUCAAGUGCCCCCGCGCUGGCUUUGUACGCGGAGCCGCCUGCCGGUCCUUUAACAAUGGGCGGCGCGAGCGUCCAGGCGCUGGGCCCCAGCUGAGGCCGGCGCUUAGCGGCCGACUGUCCGCAGCAUGAGCGGGGCCGGCGUCCGCCGCACGCCGGCGGGGCUGGGGCUGUGAGGGCCGCGGUUCCAGACUUCAGUUGCCGCGUCGGGCUGGGCGCGCCGCCGGGUCCCAUGGAGCUGGAGGGGCAGUGGUGGCGAGGACAGCUGGCCGCCGACAUUCACCAAGCGCUUCGCUACAAGGAGCUGAAGUUGCCCUCCUAUAAAGGCCAGUCCCCUCAAUUAAGUCUCAGACGGUAUUUUGCUGACUUGAUUGCCAUUGUGAGCAAUCGCUUCACACUCUGCCCUUCUGCCCGCCAUCUUGCUGUCUAUUUGCUGGACCUGUUUAUGGACCGCUAUGACAUCUCUAUCCAGCAGCUGCAUUUAGUUGCGCUUUCCUGCCUGCUUCUAGCAAGUAAAUUUGAAGAAAAAGAAGAUAGUGUGCCUAAGCUGGAGCAGCUCAACAGCCUGGGUUGUAUGACUAAUAUGAAUCUAGUAUUAACAAAACAAAAUUUGCUACAUAUGGAACUAUUAUUAUUAGAAACCUUUCAGUGGAACCUCUGCCUUCCAACAGCCGCCCAUUUCAUUGAGUAUUAUCUCUCUGAAGCAGUACAUGAAACAGAUCUUCAUGAUGGCUGGCCAAUGAUUUGCUUGGAAAAGACUAAACUCUACAUGGCCAAAUAUGCAGAUUACUUCCUGGAAGUAUCUUUGCAAGAUUAUGCCUUUCUAAAUUAUGCACCUUCUUUAGUAGCUGCUGCAUGUGUGGCUUCUUCGAGGAUUAUACUUCGUCUUUCUCCAACGUGGCCUACGAGACUACAUCGUCUUACUGCCUACUCUUGGGAUUUCUUAGUGCAGUGUAUUGAACGACUAUUGAUCGCUCAUGAUAAUGAUGUGAAAGAAGCAAACAAACAGAGAGGGCAAGCAGGACCUCAGUCAGCGCAACUAAGUGUAUUCCAGACAGCCUCUCAGCCAUCACGGCCAGUUCACUUUCAGCAACCUCAGUAUCUCCAUCAGACACAUCAGACCUCACUGCAGUAUCGCCAUCCUACGUCAGAACAACCAAGCUGUCAGCAGAUUGUAUCGACCACACACACCUCAUCUUACACGCUACAGACAUGUCCUGCUGGCUUCCAAACUAGUGUUCAGGGCCUUGGGCACAUGCAGACUGGUGUUGGGAUGUCACUGGCAAUACCAGUAGAAGUUAAGCCCUGUCUGAGUGUUUCUUAUAACCGGAGUUACCAGAUAAAUGAACAUUACCCUUGUAUUACUCCAUGUUUUGAAAGGUGAUUAUGUGUGAAGCUGAUAACUGACCCAGACUGCUUUGUGACAUGAAGCUAUGGGUAUGUGUUUUGUAAACUUCUGUUCAAAAGGAAAGGGAUCUAAGUGAUAUCAGAACUCUUCAGGUACCAGCACCAGGAAGACUGAAUAUCCCUUUUAAUGCACGAUGAAUCCUGGGAGGACUAAGCAAAUUAACAGUAUGUCAAGUUCUGUUACAACAAAUCCCUGUAUGACAAAAAUGUUCAAGUCCUGGCUGAUGGUCCAAAUAUUUCAAAAAUAUUCAGUACAACAGAAAAUUUGGACAGACUUCAAUUUGCCAUUUUGAGAUUUGACCUGUGGUAGCAUCUGGGCCCAAUGUUGGCUUCUAAGUCAAAGACUAAAUGUUUAUCUUAUCUGUGGACUUGCCAAACAGUCUUUUAUGAAGGAAAGCUACAGUAUUAAUUUUUGAAAAGGUUUUUUUUAUUCUGCAAUUUUUUAUUUUUGUUCUACACAUGAAUUUUUGACUAAGUUUAAACUCAUGAAUUGUUAUGCUAUACCAAUCUGUGCAGUAAAAAAAAAUUUUUUAGAUGAUUCUAUAUAACUUCGUCUCACACUUAGUAUAGGUAUCUGGAUUUAUAUACUACAAUUAAGGGUGGAGAAGAUCUUAUUUUUUAAAUCAUGGUCAUAAUUUUUCUUUUUUUCCCUAGGUGAUCAACCUCAAAUUUUUAGAAUUCAAAUACAUUUAACUCAGGGAAUUUGUACUACUUGGAAACACUUAACUGUAAUGCAACAUGCCUUGGGAAUGUUAUAGUGUGAACUACCUUUAUAACAUAGGUUAAAAUAUGCUUGCUAGGGUGUGUUUUCAAAUGAGAACAUAAUAUUAUAGCUCAGAAUGAAGUGGUAGUUCCUGUGAUUCAUAAUACAUAUGUAGGUUUUGCAUAUCUCAGUGCAAUCCGUGAUUUAUACCCAGAAUUGACAUUCUUAAAAAGUUAUUUCAAGGGAUGGCAUAACUGUAAGAGGUCAGUGCUAGAAUAAAGUCCUGUAGGUUUAUUUUGGAAGGGACUGUGGCCAGGGUAGUUCUCAGGUUGUGCUAGAGCAGCACUUUGUUAUGUGGAAGACAGGUUUUUUAAGCAACCUUUGAAUCCAGCUCUAGUCAGUCUAAGCAGGCAAAGGUAACUGAUGACUAAAUUUCAGUAGCUACUUUGAUUGGAUUGACCCUACAACUGCCCUGGGGCAUUUCACUGUACCGGUAUUAACUGCAAACAGCAAUAAUAGUCAUUACAGCAAGGGCAGUUUGGGGGUAAAGCAUUUUGGAGGAAUAACCUUAAAAAGUUAAAAAGUCAUUGUAAUAACUGAUAAACUGUAUACAUUGUGCUCCUUUCUGUGGGAGAAGAAAGAUUUGGUGGAGGGAAGCUUUCUGGUUUAAAAUUUAGUAAGGUGUGUCUUUUUGUGUUUUUUUUUUUUUUUUUUAAGAUAGCACUUGAAUAGAAGGGAAUCUGCAUGGCAGAUAGGUGACUGCCACAAUAUGCAUUGAAGACAAACUUACUAUAAAGAUAUUGUGGGUAUGCAGCAGGAGUCUCAGUAAUCAAGCCAAUGGCCUUUGUCAGGAAGGGAAGGGGCUCAACACAGUGAUGGAGUGAUCCAGAUGGCUCCCGGGGAUGAAUGUGGGUGGGUAGCUUCUGUCAGCAUGAAUGCUUAGAGAAAUAUCCUUUCCUUAAAAAGAAAAUAACUUUUAUAUUUAGAGUACAUAGGGCAUGAUGUGGAUUUAUUAGUCUGGUAGAUAAAAUUAAAAACCACUCAGGUAAGAACACUCACUCAUGGCAGUUUUUAAACAUGAAAAUUGUUUUCUGAAAGUAUCAUCACUUUUCCUUUUUUAAAGAAGGCUGCUAAUUGGAUUUCGGUAGUUCUUACCUCAAGAAAACUUGAAUUAUUUGGGGGAAAGUAGGCUCAAAAGAGAAUAUAUCUAUCUUUCACAUUCACAUUCAGAACCCAGCAACCUGGAGUCCAAUUUUCAGUAUUUUAACUACCUCAAUAAUGCUAUGAAUGUAAGAUAUUGGGAUAGAGAUCCCAACUUGAAACAACAGCCAGUGCCUGUGGUAACUUAAUGUCUUGUCAAAUACUUUUAUUCAUUGGUUUAUAUGCCAUUCUUGUUAUAGAAGAAUAUGCCUUUUAAAAAAGCUUAUUAAUAACACUUUCCCAAUUUAUAUUUUAAAAAGCUAAAGAACACUGGAUUAAUAAUCUUUUGGGAGGGUAGAAUAAAAUAAUUGAUUACUAUUGCUGCAUACCCGGGGUGGGAUGGGGUGGUUGGAGAACCAGAACUAUUUUUAAAACAUUAGGUUUCAAUAUAAAUACAACUCACAACUGCUAGCUUUGGGGGGUGGGGGAGCAUUGUGUGGGUUUUGUUUUGUUUAAUUUAUUGAUUAGUCUUUAGGCUUUUUUUUUUUUUUUUUUUGAGAAUACUGGACCAUCAUUAAAUGUGUACUGUGAAGAGAUUAAUAUGUACGAAGGGCUUUACCAAAGUCCACUAAAUAAACACUACUCAAGUACAGACUGCAAACCAAAAUGUAUCUGUGUUAUGACAUUAAUUGCAAAUAGCAAGUAUGGUGCUAAAGUCUACACCAAUGGAAUUAGAUGAGUGCUAUGCACUUAAUUUUAAAAUAAAACUAGUUUUCAGUAAAA